UUUAAAUUACAAUUUGAAGAUAAAUAAAAUAAAGAGAGGCUGGUUUCCCACUUAUUUUCAGACAUAUGAGAAGGAUUCCUGCCAAAUCAGUGGCCCCUAAAAUGAUGGUUCAAGGAGAAAUGCUUGGUCAACUAUAUCUUAAUCAUAUGGGAAACUUUAAAAAUACAAAUUUGGGGCCUUCUAUAAUGAAUCAGAAUCUCUGGAGGAGACACCAGGAAAGCUGUGGAAAACUGUAUUUAUUUAACACCAUCAGAUGAGUCUGACAAUGUGAUUUGUGACUCAAUGGUCUAAAUCAAAGCCCCCCAAAUUUUAAUAGGCAUAAUAAUCACCUGUGGUUCUCUUUAAACUGCAAACUGAUUCCAAAGGUCCCAGGUGGGGUCUGAGAGUCUUCCCCAUUUCUAACAAGCUCUCAGAAAAUGUUGGUUCAGUCACAGACUACAUUACCUCUCAAGUUACUUCUAGCUGUGCUUUCCCGUGAUUCUAAAGUACCUUAUAGAAACUGGCUUAUCACCCUAACUUCAGAAUUGUCCAUUCAAAUGAAUAGAUUUUUGUAUACAUAGCCUUUUUCUUUUUUGCAAAAAAUGCAGACAAUAAUUGGCUUAUUUGUUUUUUUCAUUUGCAGUGCUGCCUUUGUUUCCCAAUUUUUAGUUUUCAACACAUAACUGAAAAACUCUCAGAAAGCUGAUCUACCCAAGCUAAUCAUCUCUAAAGAAUUGCAGACUCAUUCAGUACUAAAGCAAAUCUUUCUUCUAUGUGAGCCAAAGAUAAGGAAAAACAGCCUGUCAAACACCUGUAAAGAGAUGGCUAUCAUCAUAUGGAAAUUUGAAGAGCUUCUAUGUGGCACAUUCAUGAUCCAAAUGGGAAUCAGCUGUCAUGAUAUUCCAGAAGGCCUUAUAACAGAGUAAACAAGAGGGAAAAUUAUAAUAGCUUAUCACCUGUGUUUGCACACUAGACUUCAGUGUAGUUACUAUAAAAGAAAAUCCAAGGAAAAUAUGCAGAUAGUUCUUUGAAAACCCCAAAAUUAUGUGUAGGGGCUCAGACCAAAGCAGGAGAAAGGAAGCUAUUUUACACUCACUCUGUACAACCCAUUGAUAAGUCUUUUAGAAAGAGUAGCUGUUGAUUGUGAAUUUAUGUUUUGAAUCACCAUUUGGCAAACGUAGUUGCUCUGGAAAGAAACAUGCCUGCAAAUGACACUUGUGCUGUGCCAGAUGGAGACAAUAGAGAUUUUCGAUAUUUUAUCUAUGCAGUGACAUACACUGUAAUUCUUGUGCCAGGUCUCAUAGGGAACAUAUUAGCCUUGUGGGUAUUUUAUGGCUAUAUGAAAGAAACCAAAAGGGCUGUGAUAUUCAUGAUAAACUUAGCCAUUGCUGACUUACUACAAGUUCUCUCCCUGCCACUGAGGAUCUUUUACUACUUGAAUCAUGACUGGCCAUUUGGGACUGGUCUUUGCAUGUUCUGUUUCUACCUGAAGUAUGUCAACAUGUAUGCAAGCAUCUACUUCUUGGUCUGCAUAAGUGUGCGACGAUUUUGGUGUCUCAUGUACCCCUUUCGCUUCCAUGACUGCAAACAGAAAUAUGACCUAUACAUCAGCAUCGCUGGAUGGUUGAUCAUCUGCCUUGCCUGUCUGCUCUUUCCUCUCUUCAGAACCAGUGAUGACACUUCAGGCAACAGAACCAAAUGCUUUGUGGGUCUUCCUACCAGGAAUGUCAAUCUGGUCCAAUCUAUUGCCAUGAUGACCAUUGGUGAGCUGAUUGGGUUUGUCACUCCUCUUCUGAUUAUCCUUUACUGUACCUGGAAGACAGUUUUAUCACUGCAUGAUAAAUAUCCUGUGGUCCAAGACCUUGGGGAGAAAAAGAAAACCUUGAAGAUGAUUCUAACCUGUGCAGGAGUAUUCUUAAUUUGCUUUGCACCUUAUCACCUCAGUUUUCCUUUAGAUUUCCUGGUCAAGUCCAACAAAAUUCAAAGCUGCCUAGCCAGAAGGGUGAUUCUAAUAUUUCAUUCUGCUGCCCUCUGUCUUGCUAGUCUGAAUUCCUGUCUUGACCCAGUCAUAUACUACUUCACCACUAAUGAGUUCAGAAGACGACUUUCAAGACAAGAGAGCAUCCAACUCCAUGGAAAAUCCUUUGUGAAUAUAUGAAGUGAAUUAGCGCCAGCAAUUUUAUCUGUGAACCUAAGACACAGAGAGUAUUUGCUUGGGCUCAUCAUAAGCACUUAGUUUUGCUGCAAUGGACACUGAGUCUUGGUACUUAGAGGCAAUGUAGUUGUCUAUUUAUUAUAGUAAUCACAAUUUAUAUUCAAAUAUAAUAUUUUUAUUGUAUUUUAAGUAGGAUGAACAACAUGUUAUUCUGUGAAAACAAAGUGGUAUAAACAUGGAAUCAUUUUUAUCUCUCAUGUGUGAUUAUACAGUAAGGUUUGAAGACUUAAAAAACUAUUUCCUACAUUUAAGUGUCAUUAUUAAACAUCAUCUGACACACCUACUCGUAAAAUGAAUAUUCAAACUCAAGCUUCUGGUAUGUUUAAAGUAAGAACAGGAAACAAAUACACCUACAGUAAUUUCUAUGACUGUAUAAGAAGCCAUAUUGAAUCUACCAGGUCAGAUAGCUUGCCAAAAUACAUAUGAUGUGACCCAAAUUGCCUCUAUAGGGCCAGAACAGAUCCUAUAAGUGACAAUCACAGUUCUGGUUCUCUUAAACUAUUUCUAAAGAACACCUAUGGAAAUGUAUUGACCUGCCUAGAAGAGAGAGUUUCCACCAUGCUUCUAGACUAACAUUGAAUAUCUCUGACUGUUUACUGCACUGUUUGAGCCUACGAAAGAAGUAAUGCACAAUUAAUUACUAAGCUUAGGCCAGAGAAAAAAAGAUGAAGAGAUGAUACACCUCUUAAAAGACUCAUCACAUUGUUUUUCUCACUUUAAGUGGUGACGGUCAAGCUGCCUUUACAAGCUGAAGGCAACCAGGCAUGUAGACCCUGCAGUAACUUUUCUGGUCCAGUUUUACCCCAGUCCUACCAUUCUGAGGCCUGCACAGCCUACCUCCCAGCAGCUGGGGAAAGAGA